UUUUACGUAAUGCGUGACAAGUAUCGCAAACGGCAGGAAACGUCAAAACGCCACGAUGACGUUGUGAUAGAAAUGUUCGAAAAACAUGCUCGCGUACUGCGUAAUGCGCAUGAACGGCAUCCCACGAGGCAAGGUGCUUGUGUGAAGUUUGCCCACAAUACCGUGAGCAGUGAUUUACCAUCGCCCUUUUAACAACACGCGCAAUAGAUCUAAUAGUGCAAACGGGUGUGGUGUUAUCAUCUGCUUAUCGGUGUAAUAACAAGCACUUUCUUCCAAAAAAAAACAUCCUUAGGGCACCAACUGUUGACAUCGCUUCUUGAUUCGAGCAUGGUGAAUUUGUGAUACUUCUACAGAGUGUCAACUGAGUUCGCGACAUUUCCCCCGACCAAAAAGGUUAUAGAAAAUACGACCGAACAUUGUGCUUUCCGCGGUAGAAUUUCUACCCCCGAAUUUCAUUCGUGAGCUCAGUGGUAGAAAAUCUCAAGCGUCAGUGCAGCUAGCUGGCAGUCGGAAUUUAUCGGCCGGAAUUGGGUCCGCCGUACCUGCAUUAUAGCUGGCUGCCAUGGCAACACUGUUGAAAGCAUUCGGUCGCUUCUUUACGAAGCAUCCUUUGGCGGGAAAUGGACUCGUGUACGGUACGCUGUACGUUGGUGCAGAAUUUUCGCAGCAAACAAUUACGCGAAAAUUCUUGACCGAUCCACCACAAGAUAUUGAUCGACCUACGCUGGCACGAUAUGCCGUCAUGGGAACAUUCAUAUAUUCCCCCAUACUUUACAACUGGUACAAAUGGUUAGAUAAAACUUUCCCCGGUACUGCCAAACGAAUUAUCGUGAGAAAAUUGAUACUCGAUCAGUUUGUAUUAACUCCACCUCUGUUAGUGAUAUUCUUUACGGGAAUGUCCCUAAUGGAACAGCAAUCAUCAAUCACCGAAGAGUGCCGUCAAAAGUUUGUGCCCACCUUUGCACGAUCCUGCCUGUUUUGGAUACCGGCCCAAACGCUCAACUUUGUCCUGGUGCCACCAAAGUUUCGCGUAGUGUACGUCGGUUCAUGUGCCUUCGCUUGGGUGAACAUUUUGUGCUGGGUAAAGCGCCAAAAAAUGUUAAGCUCAAAUUAAUAGAUUAAUCAGCAACAGGAGCUACAAUCGUAAAUGAGCUACGCAAAGCGUUAGUAGUCCUAGCAUUUAGAUAGGAAAAAUUAAAAUCAAAUACCAUUUUUCAAUCGUACAAUCUUGCAUGGCACGGCAAAGGUUUUAUGCUGCUCUAAAUCAUGCCAUAAGUUAUUGGGCGAAACGAUCAGAUUCUAUUUACCUGCUGUUAAUAUAAAUACAAUGCCAAGCCGUUCUUUAUGAAUAAGAAAUAUAAGUACAAUAAAAUCAACAAAAGAUUAAAUAA